AUGGCGGCCUCUGUUCCCUCCAAGUCUAACCCAGCCAACCCGGCCUCCUUCCUACCAGAUAUCUGCAUGUUCCAGGUGAUGGAAUUUGUUGGGCCGCAAGAGGAAAUUACUGUUGGUGGAACAAGAAUCGAAACAACAAGUCCUAUGGCGCUGGCAAAAUUUUGCAACAGCAUGGCUUUGGUCAGUCCUGACUGGAAGAAACUAAUGGAUCGACUAGUGGCCCACUUUUGCUUUCGUGUUCUCGUGGACUUUGAUGAUCUUGUGGAAAGGGAAAUCCCUGCUGUCAUGUGGCUUUGCAAUCACAAAGUGAAACUUUGGGGUAUUCAGUGCACAAAAAACAACAUUGACGAAUUCAAGUUCAACCUUAUCAAACAAACGCUCUUGGAAUGCAAUACUACCCAGUUAACGUAUGCGUCGACACCAAGUCUGCAGUGUGACUUCGAAAGCAAUCUUGCGGAGCAGUGUCCCAAUCUCGAAACUCUAUCCAUACGUAUCUCUUUGGAAGAUCUAAAGGUUAUGAAUGACCAUUGCAAGGGUUUGGAAGAGCAUUCUGGAUUCAAUCCAGUGCUGCUCCGCCACGAAUCAGUCAAACACGUUAAGAUGUCCUUUGACAUCCAACCAAAGAGAGAAGCCACCAGUCUUCCUCCAUUCGACAUCCACAAACAUAUCUUGUCCAAGCUGAUUCAAGGUUGGGUCGGCCUCACUAGUCUCUGUUUGGAAAGUACCCCUUGCCAUGACAAAGUGGGAGAAGAACUAUUCGGAGAAAUGCUCGCAGGAGUUUGGAAUGGGCAUGGACCGGAGAUUUCCAUCAAUUCUGAGUCCCUUGAAAAGUUUGUUGUCAACAAAUUCCAACUCUGGGAUCAUACUCGCUUUAUUCUGGUCUGUCCCGCAUUGCAAGCUUGUUCGUAUAAGGCCGAAAGCAACCCAGGUGCAUUGUACCAUUUUCUCGGCAUCUCCAGGACUAGAAGUCAAACUGUGCAGAACCUGUCGGAAGGAUGUGAUGUUUCGAUUGAAGCCAGUGGCGAUGCGCCACUCAUUCAAGGUCAACCGACAAGCGCCAUCAUGAUCAGUGACCCAAUCGUACUACCAUGGCACUGA